AUGUUGCUCAGAUAUCUUCUGGCGUUGGUGAUUCAACUUUGCUGGGUUGCUCUCGGGCUUGCCCACGAAGAAGCGACAAUUACAAUUCCAUGGGUCACAGACGCGCCUGAUUACUUCCAUGGCUAUGGGGGCAAGGUCAUUGGCGCCAAAGAUGCAACGACAACCUAUGGAAUCAACUGUCUAUCGGACAAAUCAGACUGCCAUAGAUUUACUCCAGAUAUGACCGUCAUCUACGGACCCAAUACAUAUGACCUGCUUGCCAACGGCUACAAAUUUGAUUUCACCUCGGGCUGCACGCUUAUGGGCUCUCCAACACCCACAGGCGCCUCCUGCACACAAACACAGUCAUCGCAUCAAAAUAGUGCUAUCGAUUCGGCUACAGUGCUCGUUCCAGCCACGGGUGUUGAUUCCACUCUUGGAAUUUUUCCCGCGACAUUGAUCGUGACAGAUAGUGGAGAUUUUCCCGCGCCUACUAGCACGACUAAAACCCAAGCUUCUGCCAAUUCUGACUUCUCCACUAGUGACGGAAGUUUGACUGCGCCUGCGACCGCAACAGCUGAUGUUAGCUCCGCCUCUUCCACUGAUGUGACUGCAAGUGGUCUUUCAAUUGGGCUCCUGAAUUCGACAGCCAUGACAAUCGGUGUCCCAAACUAUUUUGGCAAUGGAACUUCGCCCGCUGGGAAAAAUGUCUCGACAGUGACGGUGACUGUGCUUGCUACCUCUGUUCCGUGCCACUGUGAAUGUGACUGCAGACAAAACCAGACCGCUCGGGCUACUGUCACUGUCCCUUUGACGAUGAAAAACCAUGCUGCCAAGACGGGUGUACCCGUGGCAUUGUGUGGAUUCAUAGCUGGCGCUAUUUUCUGGGUUUAA